CCAUCGUCAUCGUCGCUAUGGUCGCGACGUGAGCUAGUCCGGUCAGCAGAGCGACACGGUGGGUCCGGCUGGUGCGUAAGAUACACUAAACCAAGUUUAAUUACUACUUACACACGCGCUAUUAAUCUCAGAUGUGCAUUUGUUAAUCAUCAGUCACUGUUGUGACGCAUCCGCUCGAAUGUACCGCAUUGAUCGCGAUCGCGAGUGUAAAGCAGAGUUUCCGAUCGACGGACGGAACAGGAAAGAGAGAAGCUUCAGGAUCAAUUCGGUGAAAGGAAUGCGAGAGAGGCCACUUUCAUCGCGCAGCAUUUUCCCGAUGCAGUGGACCACUUGUUGUUGAACCGCUUCUGUUGAACCAAGCCUCGUAGAUAGCAAGAGGAUGGGUAUCGUGCAGUAAAGUGUAACGGAAAUGAUAAAAUAAAUGGAGCCAUCGAUGCGCCAUCAUACGAUCGACACGAUAUAAUAUAUCGCCGCCAUAAUCGAGAGACACGAUGGUCAAGCAAUGCACGGCGGCGAAACCGGCCGUGUUUCUUCUUGAAUAUGACACCUCGAUGACAGGAUGAUCCUUAUAAAUGCUGAUCUCGCAUUUCUUUUCACACAUACAUUCCACACGCAAAUUGCACAAGUGCACGCCUGAAAUCGUACAAGAAAUUAAAAGGUUUCGCGAUGCUUCGCCUCUCGCUCAGCAACGUGGUAUGAAAAAGGAACGUGUGAAACCGUCCCAACGACUUUGACUUGCGAGGAAAGGACUGCGAGUAGAGUCUCUCACCGAUUUUCAAGAGCUUUCGAUUUCGACUGCGCGGAGUGUCCGACCAGUGUUUUCUCGCGCAAAAAUGGACCUCGACGAGGAUUCGUUGCAGGAGCGCCUGCUGAACGUUUAUGAUCUUAGCUCGAGCGACAGGCAAGUCCUCUACAAACUCCUGCUGAAUGCCUUACGGUCCAAGGACUAUCGCUCCUUCAGGAGCAUCAUGGAGCACAACUUGAAGAAGCAACCACCCGUUCUGGAUGUCAAUCACGUAUUUCCGAAUCACUACGAGGAGACGUGCCUCGAUAUAGCCAGCCGAAACGGCCUGACAGACUUUGUGACAUACCUGCUGUCGAAAGGGGCGAAAGUCAACAGGGUGAACGAGGCGCAUAAUCGCGCGCCUCUACAUUUCGCCACCGAGAACGGGCACGAGCGAACCCUGCUGAUAUUAUUGACACAUCCGACGACGAACGUGAACCUGCAGGCUGGACAACAGACCGCUCUGCACAUCGCGGUGCAACAGGAGAAUCUAGCGUGUGCCAGGCAGCUGCUGGAGGCAAGAGCCAGCGCGAGUAUUCCCAACAGCAAGGGUCUGACGGCUCUUCACGCAGCGGCGAAGUACGGGCAACGUGAGAUGGUGCGACUGAUACUGGACAUGUGCAAGCAGUGUCCCGAUCUGGACAGUUACAGGGACUACAACGAUCAGACGACGCGGCAAGUGAUACAAGAGAACCUGCCGGAUUUGCCGUUGCCGCCGAAAUGCGAGAGCAGAGAGGUGAACGCGCAGGAUCUCAAAUACUACCUGACCGUCAACGACGAGGCGAACUUUCUCACGAGCUUGGAGAACGCCAAGCCGCAGAUAGUCCGCAGUGUGGCCGAAGAUUUGCUCGAGAUGGCCGCGCAACACAAUCUCCUCGACGCUGUGAUGGGAAUUCUGGGCAGGCUUCCAAACGGCGUGUUCAGCGUGAAGAGAGCCGCGCAAGUGGCGAUUCGAGAGGGCAAUUAUCACGUUCUUCGGCAGCUGCUGAACGUGGAGCCUGGUGUGGCGAACGAUCUGAUCCUGGACGUCUGCCCGGAGCUGGGAAUGCCCGGCAGACACGGCGUCGACAGCACGUUCGAUCGGCUCGAGUGCCUGAGGCUGAUCCUGGAGCAAGAGAAUGUGGACGUUCGUUGCGCCGAUAACAAGGGUAACACGCCGCUGCAUUACGCGGCCAGGGCGGGCUGCAACGAAGCGACGACUCUGCUCUUGGAGCGCGGCAGCUACAUCGGGCACAUGAACAAAUUCAACGUACCGCCCAUCGCGGACAUUCCGACGUGCACGUUGCUGCGAUACUUGGACGACUGCGUGCAGGCGCGAAAGUGUCGGACGAACGAGUACACGAUCGAACUCGACUACCGCUGCCUGAUGCCGCAUCACACGGACGGAUCCGCGUCGGCGUGUCGGCCUUAUCGCGAGAUGGAAGUGUUUCAGUACAUCGCCCGCAACAACGGUCUGAAGCAGCUGCUCAAGCACCCGCUGCUGUCCUCCUUCCUUUAUCUCAAGUGGCACAGAAUACGACAUUUUCUCUACGCCAAUUUCAUCUUUUACGUGAUGUUUUACCUCCUGCUGAACGCUUACAUCAUGAGCAUGACGUACCACAGCUCGUCGAGCAGAAACAAAACGGAGACGGUGAACGACGUCGCUUCGACGAACAACGGCAGCAUGAGAAUCGCCUCUUGGAACUACGAGAGACUCCUGCAUCCUCUCGUCAGCUUGAUGCUGCUGCUCUUCGCCUGCCGGGAGAUUAUACAACUUUUCUCCUGUCCUAGACAUUACUUCAAGAGUCCGCAGAACUGGCUGGAGCUCAUGCUGAUCGGCAUGACUCUGUCCGUGUUGUGCGGCGCGGGGCCCGUGCUUGGCGCGAUAGUGAUUCUACUGUCGGCCUGGAACCUGGUGCUCCUCAUCAGCCAACAUCCCCGCAUGUCCACCGGCGUCGAGAUGUUUCGCACGGUGUCGUUAAACUUCGUACGCUUCCUCUUCCCGUAUAUCUUUCUCAUUCUCGCAUUCGCUCUCGCUUUUUACACGCUCUUCAAGGACGCCGACGACAACUUUCCUGAUCCCGGUCACUCGUUCUUCAAGACUAUCAUCAUGCUCACCGGCGAAUUCGACGCCGACGACAUAUCGUUCGAGUCCCACCCGGUCUGGAGCCACCUUGUCUUCGUCUUUUUUGUCUUCCUCAUCGCCAUUGUACUGUUCAAUCUACUCAAUGGUCUGGCGGUUAGCGACACCGCAGAGAUCCUCUCCAAGGCCGAGCUCGUCAGCCUCAUCUCCAGAAUACAUUUGAUAGCCUACAUCGAGCACGUGGCCUUUGGCAAAUUGCUGAAACAUUGGCUCUGCUGUGACAUCCUGCGCCGGAAUCUGUCCGAGUAUCUCACCAGGAGGAUCCUUCUGUUUCGGAAUUAUCUGGCAGACGGCAAGAUCAGCAUCAAGCCUUGCGACAAUCUAGACGCUUGCGAAAACCACAGGCGUUACACCAACUACAUUCGCAGCGAGUCUAUCAAGAAACAUAAUCGUUGGGCCACCUUGGAGAUGGAUCCCAGUAUAAUUAAGAAAGCCAAACGGAUUAUCUCUAAUAAGGUACAGUUGUCGGACGACGAAAGGAUAAUGAUCACGUUGAACAAACUGCAGGAGAAGUUGACGAUGAUGGAGGAGUCUUUGAAUACUAUAAAGCUCGCAGUCGAGAAUAAUAAUGUCAAUAACGCAAUGGGACGUGCGGCUUAGAAUAAUUCAAACAUUUAGACUGGUACUGUUUGAAUAUUCUGCUGCAUUGUCCGUUUAGAACUUGGUUUUACAAAAUAAAUGAUCCGAGUAAUCUGUCGUA